AUGCCCCUUACAUUGGUGGUCAGUGGGAAAAAUGUCCCUUACAUUGGGGGUCAGUGGGAAGAAUGCCCCUUACAGUGGUGAUCAGUGGGAAGAAUGCCCCUUACAUUGGUGGUCAGUGGGAAAAAUGUCCCUUACAUUGGGGGUCAGUGGGAAGAAUGUCCCUUACAUUGGGGGUCAGUGGGAAGAAUGUCCCUUACAUUGGGGGUCAGUGGGAAGAAUGUCCCUUACAUUGGGGGUCAGUGGGAAGAAUGUCCCUUACAUUGGGGGUCAGUGGGAAGAAUGUCCCUUACAUUGGUGGUCAGUGGGAAGAAUGCCCCUUACAUUGGUGGUCAGUGGGAAGAAUGUCCCUUACAUUGGGGGUCAGUGGGAAGAAUGUCCCUUACAUUGGGGGUCAGUGGGAAGAAUGUCCCUUACAUUGGGUGGUCAGUGGGAAGAAUGUCCCUUACAUUGGUGGUCAGUGGGAAGAAUGUCCCUUACAUUG